AUGUUAGGAAACAAAAUUCAUAUACAAAAGUUGCACAUCAUUAUUAAAAGUGUUCACACUUAUAGCAAGACUAUAUACCAAGAGAAGAUAAGUAGAAUUUAUAAGCCUAAUAUUAAUAAAGAUGAAGAUCACAUAACUAUAGAUAUAAAUCAGAAUAACACCUUUGAUGAUAAAAAUAUAAAGAGUGAAGUUGAGGAAUAUGGCUUCAAAUAUGAAGGACUAGAACCAACUACAUAUGGAGAUUGGUCACAUAAAGGAAGAGUUACUGACUUUUAA